AGUUGCGCCACUUCCUGCGCGCAGCCGCUGAGCGCGGUCUAGCGCAGGCAACCUCCUUCCUGUGCCAGGGGUGUUGACACUCUUCUGCUUCUCCUUAAAAAAAAAACUGCCAAAAAGCACCCCUGGUUCCAGGAAAGCCUCUUCCCCAGCCUCUUCCCCAUCUCAGCACGGUGGAGAACGAGACCUGGUGGCCUGGAUCUUUUCCUUCUCCGUGCGACAUCUUUGCAGUGCUCUGGGAGAGCAAGAGCCCUUCACUGAAAUCCUCCCACGAUGCUGGGGCUGCUGCUGCUGCAGGUGUUGGCCAGCUGCCUCUGCCUGGGACACGGUGAGGUGGUGAAGUCCUUUGCAAGUUGUCCUCAGUUUUUCUACAACAAUGCUACUCCGGGUAAUGCCCUGCAGGCACAGAACCCAGCCUGGAUCUGCCAGCGCUACAAGAACCAGUAUCACUUUGCCACCCUGUACGACAGGAAGAUGCGUAUUCCUGUCUACUCUGCUUACAUCUACAAGCCAGGACCUGGAAGCAGAUCUAAAUCGUGGUUUGCUGAGCCUCAGCUGAUUAACCCAACUUAUGACAAAGAUAUGGAUACAGAGAGCUCCAUUGCAAAGAAAUACAAGAUCACUUCACAGCAGAUUGGCCAGAGUCAGGCUAUCAACCAAGACUACAACAAGCUCCAGGGUUUGGACCGUGGUCACUUGAGCCCCAGUAGCCACCAAAGUGGCAACAACAGCAAGUGGGCUACCUUCACCCUCACCAACAUAGUGCCCCAGAACAGCACACUCAACAAGGGCCAGUGGAAAGAUUACGAGAACCAAAUGAUGGCUCAGAAAACCCAGGGCUGUAAAAUCACCUACGUGAUCACGGGUGCUGUGCCUGGGAACACCUACAUCUCCAAUAAGAGGGUUAAUGUGCCCAGCCACAUCUGGUCAGCUGCCUGCUGCCAGACCAGCACCAGGAUGAACACUUGGGCAGUCAUUGCUGAAAACAACAAGAAUCAGGUCCGGAACCUCACACUGGCACAACUGGAGACAUGCUUGUCCCAGCUCUAUGGGAGGGGACAGGUUUCCCUGUUCCACAGGGCCUGUCCCCGCUAG